AGGUACACGGGAGGGAGGGACUACCGUACACGCGUCUCGGCGACGCUUGCGCUGUCGCUGGCUGACGCUCGCAUGCGCCUCGGUGUGCCGUGCCGCGCCUGCUAGCUAAGUACCCCAGAUCUGCGGGCGUCAGCGGCGUUGCUUUGCGAUGCGAUCGAUGGUUUGUAUACGAUGGAGUUUCGCUAGGCUGGUGUGCGUGCAUAUUGGGAGUGCGAUGAGAUUGAGAUUGAGAUUGUCGGGCGGGAUGGAAUGGGAUGGGAUGGGAUUGGAUUGGGCACGUUUGUGGAGAUUGGGGUUAGGGUUAAGUCGAUCGGGACUAUCGUUUUGGGGAUGUAUCGUGCAUAUCUACUAUGAUGUGUACGUAGGUAUGUUUGUGUGUAUGUACGUAGGUACAGCAUUGCAAUCCAACGCAGUGGAUCGGAUUGGGAGCAGGUGAGAUGAUGCACGGCGCCAUGCUAUGAGGUCAGAUGAGAC